UUUACUAUGUUGUAAAGCUUGUCACUGUCCACUUUCUGAAAAACUUAACCCUGUUGAAACGUUGAGGCAAUGGUGGACGUAUUUGCUGAUUUUAGCAGUUCUUUUGAGACUGGACUGACCGAGGAUGAGAAAGAGUUACUUUACCUUCGUGCACGCUCGGCUGGACUCACGUUUUGCGGGUGCGCGCACGCAGCUUUCCUGUGUAAACUGGUCCGCUCACUGAGCGGUCUCAUCAAAAGUCAUACUGCAAACGGUGACUUGUUGACCUCAGAAGAAGACUGUGACCUCUGUGUUGGGAUACUUGGGAUGGGUCACAUGGGGAAACAGUUGCUCCUCUCACUCCUUGAAAAGUCUGGUAUCAAACCAUCACAAAUUAAGAUCUCCAGUAGAAGACCAGAAUCUGCAGUGGAAUUUAUCCAGACAGGAGUUGAAUGUUUCUUUGACAAUCGCAGACUGGCAGCGUGGGCAGACGUUCUGUUCCUCUGCUGUCUGCCCUCUCACCUCCCCAAAGUCUGUGCUGAUCUCCAUUCUCACCUGUCAAAGCGCUGCCUUGUGUAUAGCUUCACCUCUGCUGUGCCUGUCACCAGAUUGGCACAGCUUCUUGGCCAUGACUUCAUUCUCAAACCACAGUAUGACUUUGUUGCUUGUGACACUGCAAAUGUGUGGCUGUCCUGCACUCAUCUGGUCACGUCUUUGACAGAUCCUUUGCUAAUAGAGGCAUCGUGUCCUCUUACAAUGAGCGGUGGCAUUUCGCUGCGUCUGAACUGGGUGUGUGCAGUGUUUUACAGCCUGCUAAAUAUCUGCACUUCUACCAGUCUGGGAUCCAGUGAUGCUCUCUCUCUUAUCAACAGCAUCCUUAAAGAGAAAUGGCCACACACUGUGGAUUUAAACACACACAGUUUCAUCAGUGCAUCAUAUGCAUCUUCCCUUCUUACAGAGGAACCUUUUCCCUGGAUUUCUCUCUCUGAUGUCCAGACCAGGGAGACACCACUGUUGUGCUUUCUAUCAAGCAGCAAAUCUACACAACAGUGCAUCUCUGCAGCAUACAAAUCCCUGCUACAGACACCAGCAAAAGAAGACAGUUACUCUCUAAUGUAAAACCUAACUGUAAAUUAUCUAAGGGUGUCGAACUACAGUCCUAGAUUAUGUUUCUUAUGUUGCACAUUUUGUUUUGAAAAUUAUAAUGUGAUAUAUGCAAGAUUACAUUUCAAUAAAUAGGC